AUGAGUUUACCGACCUCGGCGCCAUGUUCCCCAAAGGAUAACUCUGAGCUUCCGGCAGUUCGGCUCUCGGCACUGCACCGUUCGCUCUUGACGGCUAACAGAGAAGGAUCCCAGCAGAUCGGAUUGAAGAUUGAAGGUGGAAUAUUUGCUGCUUCCGUUACAACUACAUACUUCAGACCACAUACUAGCUUUCAAGAAAACCAUCACGAAUUCAAGACUGCAACAAGAUCAUGUCGGAACCUAGCGAAAGGCUGGUACAGGGUGCCCAAAUGGCUCAAGCCUUCUUGGGGGCCAAACUUCUUAGCGCCAUUCAAGAGCAAGCACAAAGUCAGUGCCGAAUACAUUGCGGAAGUGUGUUUCUCUAGUUAUGCUCGUCCCGGACUCGAGUUCAAGGAGAGGUCUCUGGUCAACAUUGGCAUGAUGAUAGCGCUCAACAGGACCCCAGAAUUACGCAUACAUAUCGCGGCAGCACUCAACCUUGGUAUUUCUGAGGAGAAGAUCGUAGAGACUUGCCGGCAUGCGAUGAUUUACUGCGGCGUUCCGGCCGGCAGAGAAGCUUUGGCUGUUGCAAGCGAUAUCUUUGCCAAAGUCAGGGGUACCACAAAGGAAGAAAGAGCAAAGAUGUCCUAA